AUAUGAUGAUAUCAAAUUGGAAGAUAAAACAAGAGUUAAGUUAAAAAAGACAUCUAAUAGUAAUGAUGAUUAUAUUCAUGCAUCUUAUGUUACUGUAUCAAACGAUCUCACAUAUAUAUGUGCUCAAGGACCGUUACCAAAUACGGUACAGGAUUUCUGGAUAAUGGCUAUACAAGAAGAAACGAAUGUAAUUCUUCAAUUAUGUCAAAAUAAAGAGGAUGAACAUGAACAAUGUUCCGAAUAUUUACCGAAUGAAAGUACUGGAUGGAAAGAAUAUGGUGCAGUUCGAGUUCGUAUCACAGAACCAACUUCUGGUAUCGUUACACUUAGAAAAGUGACACGGACGAAAAUUGAAGCCUCAUAUUCUAAUAAAACACAAGAGGUAACGCAUAUCGCUUACACAGGAUGGCCAGAUCAUUCUGUUCCUGAUUCACCUGUUACUUGUUGCGAAAUUUAUACCUUGUUACAUAAAUAUUACGGGAAAAAGCCUAUAAUCGUUCAUUGCAGCGCUGGUGUUGGAAGGACAGGAACUUUUGUUGCCGUUGAAAUGAUAAUGGAGAAAUUGCGCAGAAAUGAAACUUGUAUUGUUGUCGAUGUGACAAGGAAACUUCGAGAACAACGCUUGCAUGCUGUACAAAACGAUUUGCAAUAUCUAUUCAUUUAUCGCUUGGUGAUUGAACUACUAGUUGAAGAAGGUUUGUUAUCACGAGAUCAGCAAGUAAUAGAUUUCCUCAAAGAAUAUGAUAGUUUGAUUGCACGUAAAAAAAGGGAACGAAUGUUAAAGGACAAUUAA